AAAUUUCGUUCACAAUCAAUUUUGUUUUGAUUUAAUGUGAUAUGAACGAAUUUCACGUGAGCCGGAGCACGUGUAGAUUUCUUGAAGCAAAAUAUAAUUCCCAUACGCCGGAUGACGUAAUAAUAAUGCAUUCCUGAGUUGCAUUUCUUAGAAACAACAUAUUUUCUCAAGAAAGUGUACUUUGCAUUUAUUUUGCAGAAGCAGUAAACAGAUGUCAUGUUUAGGAAAAAGAAAAUGGCAAAAAAGACGGAACCGGACCUGGUUGACGAACAGACGGACGAAGAAGCGUUCAAAGGAGAAGGUGCCACAACUAGCCACUACGUACCAAAGACUGCACGUGACAAAUGUCAAAACAGAGAAUGUGGGCAAUUAUUUUCCCGACCUCAUCAUUUAAGAAGACCCCAUCAUUGUAGAAGGUGUGGUGAAAUAUUUUGUCGACCAUGUUUACAAUAUACUAGACGCUUGAAUGCCAUGGCUCAACCUGACCCUGAUGGUGUUCCCUGUAAGGUAUGUCUGACUUGUUUUGAAGAUCGAGUUUUGUAUCUUGGCUGCACUCAACGGUCACAGACAGACCUAUUUCGUCUGUUAAGAAAACAAUGUAAAGAUGAGAUGACAGAUAUUGUGUAUGAAUAUGAAAUAACAACAAGGAACGCAUCCGAGCAACCAAGAUUCUGGAAAGAUCAAUUCAAAAUAGACACUACGCAAGAGUGCCUGAGACUUCUCAGAGGCUUUAAGACAACGAUGAGCGGUUAUGAUACAUUGAAUACAGUAAAAGAGAUCAAAGGAAAAAUGAAUGUACCGACAUGGCAAAAAUCUAUGUUUUGGGCGCUUGAAAGUCAAACCACGAGAUGUCGGCAAUGUGACAGUAAGCUUGGUCGAAUAAAGAAGAUGAGGAAUUGCAGGGUGUGUGGACUUACAUUAUGUAGGAUAUGUUCACAGAAAGAUUUAUUACUUUACUUUGAAGAUGGGCAAACGGACAAUAUCCCCCAUCUUGCUAUUAUCAGAUACGAAGGGUGUCCAGAAAAGGAGCCUAAGGUAUCAGUAUUACUCCGCUGCUGUGAUGACUGUAAAAAAGAAAUAGUCCGCCGACAGAUAGCAGACAACAAAUGGUAUUUACAGAAGCCCAAACCGCCAGAUCUUCAGUCCGAGAUGAUCCGAAUGGAUGACCGUUUCCGGCAACUUAUUAACGACAUCAAAGAAGAAAUAGAAAAGCUUCAGUCAAUCAUUAACGAGCCAGUUGAAGACAAUGAAGACGUUUUUGGAGAUGACAGUAUUGACGGUGUAGUGGAGUUUGAAUCCAAUAUGACAGUAUUACAAAUAAAACAGUCAGAAAUCGACAAUAUAAAGGAAAAUGUCAAUAAAAGUUUACAGACGUUUUUCAACAUGUAUACAGAAUUGAAAAACAUAUUGAAAACAACCAGGAAAACUUUAUCACAAAAACAACUCGUCUUUGUAAUGAACUAUUUUAUAGCAAAGAAAGAUUUUUACAUAGAGGUAAAGGAAAAGUUAGGAAAAUUGACGCUAGUGAACAGCAUGUGCGAUGAUCAUAUGUCUUGAUUGGAACAGAGCAUGGUACCUACAUGUAAACGGUUAUUUGAAUGAUAGUAUUGAUCCAUUCUGUGAUAAAUAAAGAACUUAAAAAUGACAGAAACCUUAUUUGUUUUUACAUGUAU